AGUUACUAUCCCUUUUAUUAGUCUUUCGCUUUUGCCCUUCUAGAGUCCUUCGGAGACCUUUUCCGGCUCCGGCCGUAAAUAUUAAUUAGUAAAACGUAAUUUGUGGAAAAUUUUGCGCAUGAAUAAUGACCCAGCUCCAUACAGAAUUUACAUCUCGCAAUAAAACCACUAUCAUUCAGAAAAAAAAAAUUUCGAUGAACAAUAUUUACGAUUUAAAACAGGUAAAUGAGAAAAAUUUCGCGAUAUUAUACAACGAGUAAUGUGAUGGCUUAAUGUUUAGUUAGCGUAAUAAUUUUUAUAGCCUGGCCUUAACUUUGAGGCAGACAAUCUGCGGUACUCAUCCUUGUCGAAUCAAGAAAUAACAAAGGAGAGACAUUUUAGACCACCGGAUCAGAACAGCUGUGACGUCCAAGAGAAGGAGCUCUGACAGACUCUCGGUUGACUGUCUGCCAUAAAUCCACCGGGAAUGUUCUUUAACGCUGUGCAUAUGCUGCCAGAUGUGUGAGAGCUUCUUCUUUUUGAGUACGUAACUUUUACAAAGUCAAUUCAGAAGCAAAGUAAAUUGCUGAAUCGCAAUUCUAAUAGAAUCGUUCAUUAUGGUUUCGUCCGUUUCAGUCUGUUUCACUCAUUGCUAUAGAGACGACUACAUCAGAAUACACAAUGAUGACAAUUAUCUAUAGACUGCGUAACGGAUGGGGUGAAGCACCAAUUGGCCAUGUUCGCCAGCCCAGUUUUGUAGUUCCGUAAUCCAAUGAAUCACCAUGACAACAAUCACUUAAUGAAGGUACCAACCUCUUUUUACACAUAGCUAAACAAAAUAAAGUAGCUCAAAUCCAGAACUGUUUUUACACACAGCCUUUUCCUCCUACUAUAACAUACGAGGUUAUUAACCCGGAUGCGCUAGGAAAAAUUUACUUUUAAAAAUUAAUUUGAUGAUGUGACAAAACCAGUCCGAACAACAUUAACGCACCUAUAAUAAUAAAAAAACAGAUCCAAACAGCCCUCAAAGUGUCGGCAAAUAAAAGAGUGUCAACAGAAAUGACUUGGGGGAAGAGAAAAAACGUCAAAGCCUUUUAAAAACAAAAAUACAACGUCAUGUUAGUUAGUUUCACAUGACGAUUCCCCGAAGGCACAGUAGUUACAGUGACACAAUUUCUUAAGAUAAUUACGCAGCAACGUCCUUAUUAAUUUAGGACAGUGUGGUAUAUUAAUCAACUCGAGAAGUUAUUAAAUCAUGAUUAUAAAAAGCAAGGUAUAAUAAUAAUUGUUAGACGAUACACGUACGUUACAGCGAUAACACACAUUUCUUUGCCCGCGUAAUUGGAAAGUGGUUUUGUGUCCAGCAGAUUCUUACGACGGUUUGCGUGGGGUGACCAACUUUUUGGUUGCGCCGUAUUGAACUGCUGUCGUCAAGAGAUGGUCACAGCCCACUGCAUCGUCAAGAGAUGGUCACAGCCCACUGCAUCGUCAAAGGACUUUCUUCGGCUCUACUGAACGUUUCUCUCUAUCUGAUAACUUGUCACUUUCACGUACUAUACAUUCACGAUAUUGCCAAAGUAAAGAGCCGUAACUGCCCGUAAAUAAAGAGCGACAGUUGUGGGGGCGACCCGCUUAUUGUUGCGUAAGUUUUACGAUGAGUUUUCCCAGAAUCUGCGCCAUCCAUUAGUUUAUUGGUAUGGGACCCAGGAAAAGUUCAAUAUAAUGUUAAUAACUCCGGAGCGAAUUUUUUUACGACAUUUUCCUCGGCGUGUUUUCCGUAAAGUAAUAUCUAAAAGCCCUGAUUUUCAAGUUGAAUGAUUAUUAAGCUUAUUAAGUUAUUAGACGAUGACCAUAUAAUUUUCAUUUCUACCAGCUGGUGCUAAGCGGAAACAUUUUAACACAUUUUUGCUUAUUGUUUGAUUGUGACUAGUGUUCACCUUUCUUUUCACCGUGUCGUCAAAUGUUGAACCAUCUUUUUGGAAAGCUGUCAAAUAAAAGAACGUGGUUUUCUAUUAGCCAGUAGCCACCAACCACCAUGAAAUGGAGUUUUUUUAUUUGAUUAAUAAAGCGCUACAGCAUUAAAACAUUGUCGAGUCCCAAUGAAACGCAAACGUAAAAAUAUUAUAGAUAAUAUACAUGUGUACUAAAAACGUUUUAUGCUAGCGUUUAAUGUUAUUGCGCAAGCUACCAACAAUUUCAAUAUCUCGGCGACUUACAUUUCUAUGAAUGCCAGUUUUAGAAAGUUGUUGUUUCAUCCACAGAUGGUGAAGCUGGGAAAUUUCUGACUUAAAAGUUACUGGGGCCUCAAACGCUAAUUAAGAUGCUAAUCAUUCGGGUCAACACAUUAUUUGUUAGCGCAAAAAAAAUGUCCACUUUCUCAAUUCUCGUAUGAUUGCUCUCGAAACAAAUGAAAAGUCGACUAAAGUUAUGAAAAAAACUAGGUUGUACGUGUUCCUUUUAUUUAAAAAAAAAAGGAUCAGGCUCGAAGCUUUCAGACUGAAGGUAAUCUGGGGGUAUCCCAAAUGUAGCAUGAACAGUUUUUUUUUUUUUCUACGUAAGUGUUGGAAUGUGACAGCAGCUGCAACUUGUGGGUUUUUCCGCGUGACCACUUUUGGUCAGAGUGUAGGCUAUAACGAAUUAUUAUUAUAACGCACUUCCCAUGAUCACAAGCCAUCUCAUCAGAUACCAAAAGAAAACGUGAAGAGUAUUACAGCUCGCGAGGGUUUUUUGAAACGGCGGUCUCCUUUUGGCUACAUCAAAGGGGAAAUAUUACCAGCAACAGAGGGAGAAGUAGUGCACACCAGCAUGUGUCCGAAUGCGGGGAAGAGUUUCUCUCUCUCACCUUAGCCGUCACGUGACUCCAAUGGAUUGGCCGAUCUGUGAAAGCGAAGCAUGCCUUGAUAGAAUAUAUAAGGACGUAGCAUUGUACCCUUAUUUGUAUCAGUAAGGUUCUAGAAUUCGUCUUGACAUCAACGCAGUCACUUGGAUACUACCAGGAAGAACACGCCGAAAACCGUCCAACAUGAGAUCCAACGGAAUCUUAAAGUUUUUCGGGCCUAUUUUGCUGACUCUAUUAAUAGCUAUUUUGGCUGUAGCGGUUGCUGAUAAUAACAGAAUGGGCAAAUCAAGACUUGGGGCUCUCGAAGGGCUAGCGCAAGUAGCUGAACACCGUCAAUCGAAAUGGUUGAUUGAAAAAUUCAAACGACAAAAGGCACCGAAAUCUCACUACGGGAAGCCCAAAUCUUAUUUCAAGGCACCCAAACCCCAAUACAAUGCACCGAAAGCUCCGCAAUACAGCCCACCGCAAGAAAACUAUUACCAAAAUCCGACCCCAUACAAAUCUGCAUACCCCACACCGGCCUAUAAUCCGCCUCAAUUAACGUCGAGCCCAUCGCCAAACUAUUAUGCAAACCCAUCUCCGUAUAAUGCGCCACAAUCAGCUUACAGGCAACCGGAAGCUCCUGUAAGCCCCCCUCAGCCGGAAUACCCCCCUCAGCCGGAAUACCCCCCUCAGCCGGAAUACCCUCCUCAGCCGGAAUACCCACCUCAACAACCUAUCGUCCAACAUCAACAACCCUAUCCUGAAGCAGGCAACUACAAUCAGCAACAACAAUUACCAGAACCUGUACCAAACCCAAAUCAUUUUGAGAAUCCGUACAAUGCACCUCAACCAGCUUACGGGCAGCCGGAAGCUCCUAUCAACCCUCCCCAGCCAGAAUACCCUCCGCAACAACAACAACCGUAUCCGGAAACGAGCAGCUACGACCAACAACAACCAGAACCGGUACCAAACCAUUUUGAAAAUCCGUACAACACUCCUCAAGCAGCUUAUAGGCAGCCGGAAGCGGCUAUCGACAUACCCCAGCCUGAUUAUGGCCGAUUGCAGCCAACAAACAGCCCAGCCCAAACCGAGCAUAGCCCUCAAGAGUUAUCUGGCCCAUCCCAACCUUCGUAUAACCCACAAGAGUUGCCUGUUCCAACCCUACCUGCUCCACAGAACAUACCGCAUCCGGAAGUGUCAAGUAACCAGGUCCGUCCAGAGUACUCGCCUCAACAACAACAACCAUAUCCAGAAACGAGCAAUAGCAACUACCAACAACAACAAUCAUCGGUACCAGUAACAGAAUCUUAUAGAGAACCUGUCGCCAACCAUCCGACGCGACAGCCACACCCACAAGCGGUCAAUGUUGUUCCACAUCAACAACCUUACCAGAAUCCGGUAGUAAGUAAUAACAUAGCGCAACAAGUGGUUAACAAAAUCCCCCAACAACCUUACCCGAAGCCUACAAUCAACAACAACCCUCCGCAACAACCUUACACCCAAGCUGUCAACAACAUUCCGUCACAACCACCCUAUCAAGAACCUGUCAACAACAAGCCCCAGCAACAACCUCAUCCUCAUUCACAAGUGAACAACAUUGCGCAGCGGCCACCCUAUCAAGAACCUGUCAACAACAAUCCUCCGCAACACCCUCAUUCGCCAAUGAACAACAUUCCGUCACAGCAGUCUUACCGCAAGCCGGUUAGCCCCAACCCACCGCAACAACCUUACACACCAGUGGUAAACAACAUCCCACAGCAACACCAUUCGGAAUUGGUCGGCAACAACGCACCAGAAGAAUUGACUGAUUAUUUACAACCGGUUCACACGGAAGCUCCGCCGAAUCCAUCGGAAACCAGCACGACGAGCUAUAACAGCUACGACUCCCCAGUGGAUUUUCCUCCCGCAUCCGUCGAGGAGCAAAGUUUCUUUUCUCCUCCGCAAACAGCGCCGGACUAUGACGAUUCUCCGGUAAACCCUCCUGUAGUCUCCUCACCAGUAGCUCAUUCUCGUCCAACAUUCACCGAGGGCGAGUUUUCUCCGGCAGUUGCAGAUUCUCCUCUUUUCUACAGCGACUACACACCAGCAGAAAAAGUUAAAUCAGCUAACGAUGAUUCGAACAAGGGAUUUUUCGAAUUCGGUAUUUUUCCCAAAAGUAACAGUUUCUUUCUACAAAAUUACAGAGGAUAAAUGAAUACGUUCAGUAUAACUUCCUAUCCGCCAAACGAUGUUUAUCGUAAUACGACAGAGAAGAACUUUUGAUAUUUAAUUUCAAUGCAUAUUAUAGCCUCGUAUAAAGCUAUAGUCUAUUUGAAUCCCUUUCACGCCCCCCCCCCACAUCACUUGUUAUUUAAUAAUGCACGGAUUAAUUUUCUUUUUAUUAUUAAUAUCUUGUUAAUUGUUAUUGUUGUGAUCCCCCUAGAUGCUAAAAAACCCCAUCUAGUUCCA